CGUCUCGUCACUCUCGUAUAUUAUAUAGGUAAUACAAGUCGUCACUCUGUCUCUGCUGCGUGUAUUUGCGAUUACAUAUGUAGCGUGUAGUGACUCGUAUAUCGUAUUACAAUCUGGCGGCGAGCUUUCAUCAGCUUUGCGCGUUUUAAAUAAUUUUAAAAAGUUAAGUAAACACUCGAGAUUUAUCGGAGAUCAGAUUAUCAGUUGGUUGGAGCUUCGCCUUCGGAGUGACAAACACAGCAGUUGACAGACUGCGAACGCGUGUCCUCCUUAAUUCAUUUGGAAUCUUCCGAUGUGAAUUUGACCUACCUAGGAUGGCGGGAGUAUUCGACAUUGAGCUGCACGACGGGGAUGCCGCGAAUCAGGACGAGUCGGAUGACGACGUGAUCGAGACUAGAGAAGAGGAAUACAAUCACGCUGCAACUGUAAGCGCUAUAUUAGAAUCCGAGAACUUGGAGAGGGUUCAGUUAUCUGAGCAAAAUGUGAAUCCUGGUCAAGAGAAGGCUGGCCCGCAAGAUUUCGAAUUGUGCAAGAUUUUAGGAGAGGGUGGCUACGGAAAGGUCUUCCAAGUUAGAAAAGUCACUGGGAAGGAUAAAGGUAGCAUUUUUGCUAUGAAAGUACUACGCAAAGCGUCCAUUAUACGAAAUCAGAAAGAUACCGCGCAUACCAAGGCCGAGAGGAACAUUCUGGAGGCUGUAAAACAUCCAUUUAUCGUAAAUCUCAUGUAUGCGUUCCAAACUGGUGGUAAAUUAUAUCUGAUCUUGGAAUAUCUGUGCGGCGGAGAGCUUUUCACGUAUCUCGAUCGAGAAGGUAUCUUCUUAGAGGACACAGCUUGCUUUUAUCUGUCGGAAAUUAUACUGGCGCUGCAGCAUCUUCACAAUCAGGGAAUUAUAUAUAGAGACUUGAAGCCGGAGAAUAUCUUGUUGGAUGCCGAGGGUCAUGUCAAGUUAACCGAUUUCGGCCUUUGCAAAGAGCACAUACAAGAGGGUACAGUGACGCAUACGUUCUGUGGUACGAUAGAAUACAUGGCUCCGGAGAUUCUAACUAGGAGCGGUCACGGUAAAGCUGUAGAUUGGUGGAGUUUAGGCGCUUUGAUGUUCGAUAUGCUUACAGGAAUGCCGCCGUUCACCGGUGACGACAGAAAAAAAACGAUCGAAAAGAUCUUACGCGGAAAGCUCAGUCUUCCACAGUAUCUAACGCCGGAUGCCCGGGAUCUAAUUCGAAAACUCUUAAAGAGGCAGGUUGUUCAGAGAUUGGGCUCCGGUCCAGAGGACGCCGAGCAAAUUAAAAACCACAAUUUCUUCAAGCACAUAAAUUGGCAGGACGUAAUCGCUCGGAAGUUGGAUCCACCGUUCAAGCCAUCCCUGAAGAGUGCCGACGAUACGUCGCAAUUCGACGAGCAGUUCACGGCGACCGUGCCGGUCGAUUCACCGGUCGAGAGUACCCUCAGUGAAUCUGCGAACAUGAUAUUUCAGGGUUUUACAUACGUGGCGCCGAGCGUCCUGGAGGAGAUGUACGCGCAGCCAAGAGUUGUCAAUGCUAGAAGCCCGCGUAGGGGACUGUUGAACAACACGGGUUUUGGCGCGGCGGCGGCGGCGGCGGCGGGGGGUCUACACGGUUUCUCUUCGCCCAGAACGAUGGAUGUUCAUUUGCGUCCGUCGUUAGAUCUCCAACAACAACACAGGCAACAUAUGAUGGGACCCAACAGCGUAGAGGACACCGAAAUGGUCGAUCUUGGCCAAUUACCAAACCGUUUAUAGUGCCACGACCCACUGCGUGCAAACUAUUAGCUUUUUAAUGCAAACUAGGGAACGAAAGGAACAUAGCCCAUAAACAGCUGUUUGUUCGCCGCUUUUUCGUUUCUUUUCGCAACAUUCGUGUGCGGCGACAAACACAGUUAUAUUUAGCAAAUUCAAUAUUAUAUGUAUAUAUAUAUAUAUAUAUAUAUACAUAUAUAUAACAAAAAGUAAGCACACAGCGAGUUUGGUCGGCCUCCUUGAUAUCGAGAUAUUGCCUGCGCCUGUAUGCAACUUUUCUUAGACCUCUGGCGAUUUCAAAAGUCGGCCCCAAACCUAGGGUAACUUUGUCUGCAAUACGAGGGAGCGAAUAGUGUAUGUCUUUUCGCUAUGUAAAUACAUGCGGAUAAUUGAAAGCAAGUACAUUCUUAAUGAAACAUUUAUGAGCAGAAUGCAGUUCAAAUUUAAAGAUUAUAUCACAAUUGUAAUACAGAUAUCGCAAUCAUAUCGCUGAUUGUAACGUAAUUAACUAGCAUUAGACUGUUUCUAACAGUACACACGUAUAAAGUGACGAAUGCUUUUGAGAGAAUGCUACAGAGAAAAAAAUGUUUUCCUUUUCUUUUUCUCCUUUCAAAAUGAUUGUGCAAUCAAAUCUCUUUUGUUUUCUAUAUCGUGUUUUCCUGUAAAAUUAUAUUUUCCUACAAUUUUUCCGGUAAUAAUUUCUUUUUUUUUUGUUUCUAUUGCUUUGAAAGUUUGCGAUUAGUUUAUUUCAAAUAAAAACACUAUGCAUUUCAAAUGAACAUAUGCUACGGAUUAAUAUAAUUUUCUAAACUCUUGGAGAAUUUCUUUUUCAUUUUCCAUGCAAUAGAUAUCCAAAUGUAAUAUGUAAGAGAGACACUCUAUUUUAACGCCGAUUCUUUUAAGAACAUUCCAGUACGCUGGAUGUAUGACGAUGAUUUGCACUUGUAUGUAAGAUAGUAUUCAUCGGAAAUUAAAUGUAUAAAUAAAAGUGAGUAGAUUUGC